GUUAAUUUGGACACCGCCGUACAUGCCGACUUUCCAGCCGAUCGAGCUGUUCUGGCAGCACGGCAAGCAUUACGUGAGCAUUCAUUUUGAGAAGGGGCGGAACAUGUUGGAUGUGUGGAAGCAAAUCCGUCUCGGUUGGUAUGGAGACCCGGAAUGGGACGGUCAGGAGAGGGGGUGGAAGGCAGCCAACUGUGGCAAGUUGGUGCAGCAUGCCAUUGGCAAGAUGGACGAGUGGAUCGGCCUGUAUGGUGGAAACCUGAGCGGUACGAUCGGUAGCCUUGAGUAUCCAGUGGCAGAGUACCAAGAGGCUACGGCCGAGGAUGAGAUAGAGGAUGGGGUGGAGGAGCAGACGGAUGAGUGGCUGGGUGAGGACGCGGAAGAUGCCAUUGAGGGCUGAAAAAAAUGCCAAAAAUAAAAUGCCAAAAAAAGAUGCCCUUUUUUGGGCCAAUAUUUUUCGACUUUGAUUCCCGAACAGCGACACGAAGGGGCUGCACAGAAGGCGCCAUUCUGAGUGCAAGCUGACAUAUUGUUUGAUAUUUCGCAAUUGAGAUGGCUGUAUCAUCCUGUUCAAUCAAUAUAUGGAUCACUUGUGCAAGCCCUGGGGCCGCAUCGUUGGAACACCGCGCUUCAAUAUUUUUGGGAUUUCGCCGGGUACGAUCACACACUAACUUCGUAAUAUUACUCG